AGUGCAGUGGACACCUACAGGAGCGUGGCGAGGAAGAAGUUCCAGCAGAUCUGGGCAGAGGACGGGCCCGGGGACAGCGAGGACGUGGAGGCCUUCGUGCAGCGACACGCGCGGCUGCUCCCCUUCGGCGGCCCCCGGCGGCCCCCCGGGCCGCUCCCGCCCACGGUGGCCGGCCUCCUCCGGGCGGACGCCGCCCGCGAGGGCGAGCACGCCUUCGUCCACCCGAGCGUCCAGCAGUUCCUGGCCGCCGUGUUCUUCGUCCUGGAGCGGGAGGAGGGGGACGCGGACGCGGAGGCGCUCGGGGGGCUGCGCAGGCUGUUCUCCAAGGCCGAGCAGCUGCGGAAUCCCGGCCUGGUCCAGGCGGGCCGCUUCGUGUUCGGCCUCUGCAACGCGCGCAGGGCCGCGGAGCUGGAGGCCGCGCUCGGCCUUCGGGUGUCCCCGGAGGCCGCGCGGGAGGCGCUGAGGUGCCAGGCGGGCCUGGACCCCGAGAAGCCGCUGUCGGAGGACACGCGGGAGCUGCUGUGCUGUGUGUUCGAGUCCCAGGAGGAGGCGCUGGCGAGGGAGGCCACCGCCGACCUGCAGGACGUGUCGGUGCGCCUGCCCGACGUGUCCGUGAUGGCGCACUGGGCCUUCUGCCUCAAGCACUGCCAGAACUUGCGGCGAAUCUCCCUGCGGGUCUCCGAGGGGAUCUUCCUGGAGACCCGACCCAUACUGAACCCGCGCACCGAGCCUGAGAGCUCGAGCCCCAGUCUGAGGUUUUUGGACAUGAGUGACAGCUUCCUGAGUAACUCCUCAGUGAGACUUCUUUCUGAGCAUAUAAUGCGGAACAGCUGUCUUCUGCAGAAAGCCGUGAUAAGAAACGUUGCCCCUGAGUAUGCUACUCGGGAUAUAUGUCUGGCUUUCAUUGGUAAGAAGACCCUGACUCACCUGACCCUGGAAGGCAAUGUACAGUGGGAUCAGAUGAUGCUGGUGCUGUUGUACGAAAUGCUCAGAAACCGGAGGUGCAACCUGCAGUACCUGAGGUUGGACUCUCAUUCUGCCACGACCCAGCAGUGGGGUGAUUUCUUCGUGAGCCUAACGAUCAACCAGACCCUGACGUUCCUGGAUCUCUCAGACAUUGAACUCCUGGAUGAGGGUGGCAAGUUGCUGUGUGCGGCCUUGAAACAUCCCAAGUGCUCCCUGCAGAGGCUUUCGUUGGAAAACUGUCUCCUUACAGAAGCCUUUUGUAAGCAGCUUAUUGGUGUUUUGAUUGUCAACCCGAAGCUGACACAUCUGUGCUUAUCCAAGAAUGACCUAGGGAACAAAGGGGUAAAACUUCUGUGUAAGGGCUUGCGUUACCCUGAUUGUCAACUACAGGCCCUGGUGUUACGGCAAUGCAAUAUAAGCAGAUGUGGCUGCAUAUAUCUCUCAAAGGCACUUGAAGAAGGCUGCAGCCUGGCAACCUUGGACCUGGGUCUCAAUCCCAUAGAUGCUGGCUUGUGGUUUAUCUGUGAGGCUUUAAUGAGUCCACAUUGCAACCUGAAAUGCCUAGUGCUCUGGGGCUGCUCUAUCAUGCCUUCUCACUGCCGGGAUCUUGGUUCUGCUCUCGUCAAUAAUAAGAACCUAGAAACUCUGGACCUGGGCCAGAAUUAUUUGGGGAAGACUGGAAUAACUGCAUUCUUUGAAACUUUAAAAGAAACGAACAUAACCUUGAAGACACUCAGGUUGAAGACAGAUGUAUGUAAUCUGGAGAUUCAGAAGAUGUUGAAGAAAAUAAAAGAAAACAGCCCCAAACUGACAAUUCAAUGUAAUGCCGCUAAG